AUGUCUGCCCCCAACGCCGGUCGCCAAUCUCCCCCACCUGAGCGCCAAUCCGGCUCUCAGCAGCAAGAAACACCUGGCACAGGUCGAACCUCUGUCGGAAGCCACCCUUCGCCCGAGCACGCAUCCCACGCAUCUGAAGAAUUCAAGCAGAAGCACAUGCCGAGCAAUCCCGAACACCCAUUAGAGAAGAUUGAGGCGGAGAAGUUUGCCAAGGGGAAACAGCAUUGA